GCCAUUUUCCUUCCAGAGGCACAGCGACAGAAGAGGCAGCAUUUGUUGAACAUUGCUCUUUUGGCCGAAAUGGCAGUGUAAAAGUGUGCCGCGACCCAGCCGCCAACAAAACAGUGCAUCCCGCCAGUGCACUGAGUCACUUCAUAUUCAGAAACAUGUUGUCCUUUGUGGAAACCCUCACCACUGCUGCUUUCGACAGCAUAAAAGAUUUCGUUACCUUCCUACCGUCACGCACACCGUUUGUGACCAACAACAGCCACUAUGACCAUGACGAUGACAAGCUCACAGUUUGGCCUGGAAGACAUGGAGGCCCUUCUCUGGGGACCUUUCUCUCCCACGGCUGACGCCAUGAGCCUCCUAUCUUCACACCCUGACCAAGGAGAUCAACAGGAAGGAGGAGGGACCUCGUUGGAGGGGGACACCUCGCCCGUGUCGCCCCUCACCUCCUCAUCGCUGUCCUCUUCCUCCUCUCCUCCUCCCUUCUACUCUCCUCCUCCCUCGCCGCCAGCCAUCCUCCUCCAGGGGGACAAAGCUGGGACGGAAUCUGACCUGCUCUCCCUCCCCUGGAUGGGCCACCCUGGUUACCUGAGACAGGCAGUCUCAGAUGACGUCAAAGAGGAUGUGUUUGGUGACCUGGACUGGAUGGCUGAGAAGGUGGAUCUGAGCGAGUUUGAUCUGGACUCCCUGAUUGGCUGCAAUUCUGCUGAAGAGUCCCCCAGCUCUCCAGAAGACCUCCUAGCCUCCCUGGAUUGCCCCAUGGAGCUCGACUCCCUCCCAAUGCCCGCUCUCUCAACUCCUGUGCUCUCCAGUCCUCCCUCUGUUACUCGUCCAAGCAUACCUCCCCCUCCCUCUACUCCUCCCACUGUCUGUUCAGUUCCUUCAGUCAUUCCAGUUGAUGAACCCGAAUCCUGCAUUGAUGACCAGGAUGUUCCCUGCCUUCCCAUGUGUGUCCCAGAGCCACAGGAGGAGCUGGAAAUCAAAUCUGAGCCCGCCUCUCCAGACCCACCUUCCCCCGAGGUCGAUUCUCCCGCCUCCCCAGCCUACACCCUGGACCUGGGCAGCGAAGUGGACGUCUCAGAGAGCGAGGUGAAGCCGGUGGUAGCCUCUGUCGUCCCUCCUGUCCCCAGGCUCGUGCUCUCCCUUUCCCCCACCCGCAUCGUCCUUGUGCUGGCUCCCAAAGAUGAAAUUGGUAUCACCACCACCACUGUAACCACCACACCACAGAUCAUUCAUUCCCCUCCCGCCUCCCCUCCACAGAAGUCUUCCAGAAGCAGACCGUACCCCGAGCCUGCAUUUAAACCUAGUCCACCAUCUACCAGUGCCACCAGUGUCAAAGUCAAGUCCCUGCGGGGUGCAGAUGGAGAGGAAAGGGCAUCUUUCAAGGCACCGAAGGCGAAGAAACUGAAGAAGAUGGAGCAGAAUAAGACGGCUGCCACGCGUUACAGGCAGAAGAAGAAAGCAGAGCAGGAGUCCCUUCUGGAGGAGUACACACACCUGGAGAGGAAGAACAUGAAGCUGAGGGAGAAGGCUGAGUCCAUGGCCAGGGAGAUCGAGUACCUCAAAGAGCUGAUGGAUGAAGUCCGCCAGGCCAGGACCAAAAAAGGUCUGAGUGCUGACCCCUAGUGGUCGGACCCAACAAUGACAGAUGAUGUGUAACCAGAAGUGACAAUUGAGAAAGUUGUCUGGGCAGAUUUUAUUUCUUACGCACAAAUAACUAUCAGUAAAGUUUGUCUUCUGUCCUCACAGCAUGUCUUGGAUUCACGAUCUGAUUAGAUCUCUGAGGAUACCUCCUUUUUGAAUAUUUAACACUGGUAUUAACUAUAGCAUACUUUAUUUGUCUUGUGUAGAGUAGAUGUAUGGAAAUAAGUAUUUUCCAUUCAGUAUAUAAACUUGUGUGUAAUGUUUGUACAGUUCUUUGUAUCUCUGGACCUCCAGUAACCUGCCAGUAGAUGUAUUUUAAAAAUCAUGUAUUAUCAAGUAACCGGACCACCUGUAUUAUCUCUUAAUAAAGAGUCUUAAAACUAA